UCGCCGGAAGAUACCAGAUUUUGCACCGGAAAGCUCAUGAUAUCCUUCAAAGUAUGGCCUUUGCGACGCGGAGUCUGCGAGUUUUGUGUAGAAUAUACAAUGUGAACGCAGUUCAACGCAGUACGACGUAUUGUACUACACGACAGCCCGUCGGCCGAAUAUCGCUCAUUCAGUCGACGCAAAAAUAUCGCUACAGUAUCGAAACAACGGAUCGCUCAAAAAUCACUAGUAAUCUAACUAACAUACAGUCGUCAAUAAAUGAACCCGAGUCGUUGGGACAGGAAGUGGCAAGUCACAAGAAACAAAGUGAAAAACAAAAAGAAGAUGAGGAGGAAAAGGCAAAUCGUGAGAGAUCGAAGAGAAUGAUGAACUAUGGAUUUGCAGCGUUUGGCAUGUUUAUGAGUAUUGGCGUUACUUUUGUAAUAUACGAAUUAGGAAGACCUAACUAUGACGAACAUGGGAAUGUCAUCGAGGAUGAAUUUUCCAACUUGCCAUUCUUUGAACAGUUCUACAAGAGAGUCAAGAGAGAGCUUAAUUAUUAUACAAGACUAGUACAGGAACCCAGUAGGGAAAAGUUGUUACCUGAUCCAUUGAAACAUCCAUAUAUUCAGCCACCAUAUACUCUAAUUUUGGAGAUGACAGACCUUCUUGUGCAUCCAGAUUGGACGUACCAAACUGGAUGGAGAUUUAAAAAGCGACCUGGAGUAGAUCAAUUUUUAGAAGCAGUUGCUCCACCACAAUUUGAAAUUGUAAUUUAUACAGCUGAACAAGGAAUGACAGUAUUCCCUAUUUUGGAUGCCCUCGAUCCAAAUGGAUACAUAAUGUACAGAUUAGUUAGAGAUGCAACACGUUUUGUAGAUGGACAUCAUGUUAAAGAUCUAGGAGCUCUCAAUCGUGAUCUUAGUAAAGUUAUUGUUAUCGAUUGGAAUGAAGAGAGCGUGAAAUUGCAUCCAGAAAAUGCAUUUAAACUUCCCCGAUGGACGGGUAACGAUGAUGACACUACAUUGUAUGACUUAGCGGCAUUCCUGAAAACGAUAUUAACAUCGAAUGUACAAGAUGUGCGAGACGUAUUGAAUUAUUAUAGACAAUUUGACAAUCCGUUGGAAAUGUUUAAAGAAAACCGACGAAAAUUUUUGCAGAUGCAAAUGGAGGAAGAACAAAAUAGGCAACAAGACACCAACAAAGUACUUACCUCAAGAUGGAAACCAUCUUUCUUACGGAACCGCUAGUCAAAAAUAAAUUGAAGUUGAAAUUUUAAACGUUUAAAUACACAUCAUUUAAAUACGCAACAUUUUCAGUCAUUUCAUCGUAACAGAUAUUAUACAUAAUAAUUAUGAUUUAAUUUUUAUUACAAUAAAAUAAACAAUGUUCCAAAAAAAA